UGGUCCUUCGAGCAAACGGUGAAUUGCGGGACCGGGACGCGUUCAGGAAGUGUGCUGUGUUUGUGUGCGUGGUUCUGGUUUCCGUGAUUACGCGACCUCGGUGCUUUAGGAAGGCACCACAUAUAUCUUCACAUCUCUACCCUGGUGUCUUGGGGGGACACUGCAUCUCAACAUCUCAACCUCGGUGCUUUAAGAAGGCACCAUACAUCUACAUAUCUCAACCCUGGUGCCCUGGAAAGGCAUCACAUCUCUACACAUCGACGGAAUAAUUUACAUCUCGGCGCGGCGUAAGCGUAACUUGAAGCUAACCAAGUAAGGUUUCUUAUAUUUUAUCUCUUAUUUUCAAACAUGUCGAUGGAGGAUAUUUUAGCUACCCAAGAGCAAUUAAUAGAUGCAUUGGAUAAGCUACAUAUAAACUUUAAAAAAGAUGGAGCGGAGCGAAAGACUCCCGAUUAUAUACGACGACGAUUAGAAACGUUAGAACAAUAUUUUGUAGACUUCCACAACAACCAUAUGAUACUUCUAUCUUUCAACGAUCACUCUCAUGAGUAUUUUGCAUUCAAUAGAUAUGAUCAAAUUAAGAAAAAAUACAAUAAUAUAAAGACAGCCUUACAGAAUUAUAAAUCUUUAGAAAACCCUGAAUUACAACCUCCAACCUUUCAAACCCCGUCAAUCUCUAAUGAAUAUCAAGAAAAACCUCCUAACAAUAUCUCCAAUAUAAAUAAAACGGAAGAGCUUAUGAAAAAACAAACAACUAAUUUUAAGGCUUUUCUGCGAACUGUUUCAAACAUAAAUCUUGAUCUUAUAUCGGAAAAGUGGGAAUUUGAGGAUAUCCUAAAGUCCUUGCAAAUCCGCUGGUCGGUAAUUGAUACCUUGCAUUGGGAAUUAGAAAAUGAAUUGAGCGGAACGAACGCUGAAUAUGAAGAACAAUUUACUAAUUAUGAAAAACAUUACUAUAAGUUAAAAACAGAUAUCAAUAAAAAGAUGUAUUCUCUAUCUCAUAUAGAAAAAUCAACCCCAAAAGUAGAGCUGCCUACAUUCGAAGGAAAUUACAUGCAAUGGGUUUCGUUUAAAGAUCUAUUUACAGAAACUAUCCACAAUAAUCCGUCACUGUCGAAUGCACAAAAGUUACAGUUUCUCAAGAGUAAAGUUAAGGGCGAGCCUGAAAAAAUGAUUCAACAUCUCCAAAUUAGCUCCGACAAUUAUCUCAUAUCUUGGAAUAUUCUCAGUCAUCGUUAUGAUAAUAAACGAUUAAUCUUUACAUCUCAUCUUAAUAACCUCUUAAAUAUCCCUAAUCUUCAAUAUCAGUCGUAUCAACAUAUUAAACAGAUUCAUGAUAUUACAUAUGAGAGCAUUAAUGCAAUUGAAAACCUUGGAAUUAACGUGUCAUCUUGGGACCCUUUUCUUGUUUGUAUAUUAUCUCAAAAGUUAGACACAGAAACAUACAAUGAUUAUAUGCAAUCUUUAAAGUCGCCCAGAGAAAUACCUGUAUUGAAAGACUUUUUACAGUAUUUAGAAACCAAGUUUAUGACGCUAGAGACCUCACGAAAAAAGCAUGAAAGCUACACAAAAAGGGCAUUUCAUCAACCAUCCAAUCAGCAUAAACAUUUAAGAAACUAUAAUAAUCAAUCAUCCUUUUCUAAAAAUUAUAAUAAUAAAUUUAAACAAAGUUACAAUAAUCCAAAUUCUACAAAUCAAGCUAUUUCGCAACGAAUGUAUUCCAGUAAUAUAACAAAUGAAAAACGCAAGCAGUGUCCAUUGUGCAAUUCCAGCGAACAUCGCCUUUAUUCAUGUCCGACGUUGUUACAAAUGCAUCCUUAUGAGCGAAGAAAAACGGUUGAAAAUAUGAAACUUUGCCUCAACUGCCUACAUUCACACGAAGGAAUGAAAUGCUUUUCACGGAUAUUGUGUAAGCAAUGUAAUAAACAUCAUAAUACCCUUUUACAUGAAUGUUUCACGUCACAAAAUAUGACACCGGAAGCGUCACGUUCGAGGUUCCACGUGCCUCGUUCGAAACCUUUACGCCCACAACAAGAAAAUAUGAACACAUUAGUAUCCACUCCAGAUCAGGAUCUCAAUACAAACAGUUCGGAAGACAUUAAGCAAUUUGAAGAAAUAAAAAGAAAAAUUGACCUCCUAAAACUGAGCGAACCAUUGGGCACGAAGUUGUCGUAUCACGACAUUCAUCAUUACUUCAUAAUAUAUGUGUUAAUUGGAAUUCUGGUUGUUGUGGCAAAAAUAACGUAUUGGAGACAGCUGCGUCGUCGACGAACUUCAGCAGAGCCGGCGGGGGAGGCUGCGACCAGCGUCGCGGUCCCCGCCCGGCCACAUCCAACCCCGGUGACAAAAGAUACAGAAUGUGGUCUCGGUGAAGUAACGGCAUGGCUUGAAGAUAGCCUCUUAAGUCUUAACUGCGCUAAAACUAAUUACCUCUGCUUCAGCAAAACUUCCGCUUUAGAACCAAUUUAUAAGGCCUUAGGUGAAUCUCUACUAUUCUAUUGUUUAACUGCUUGGGGUGGAGCUGCAAAAAGCCAUUUCAUAGAAAUUGAACGAGCUCAGAGGGCUUUGCUGAAAGUAGCCAUCAAAGAAUCGUUUCGCUACCCAACCGCCCUCUUGUAUGAGAGGACUAUGAACUUCUCUCGUUCUUCAUUCCCGCCACUACUUAAACCUGAUGGAUCUCUUGCUCACAGUGCAAAAGACAAAGCUAAUGUAUUCGCGUUGCUUUUUGCCAGCAACUCGCGUCUUGAUCCCACUAAUGCAAUACCACCUAGCUUAACCCAUUGUGGCUCUAUAAUGCCUCAAAUUGCUAUUAAGCAAAAAGAUGUCUUAAAAAUAUUGCGGAAUUUGGACAUAACCAAAGCAAGUGGGCCGGACGGUAUACCAGCCAUCGUCUUGAAGACCUGCGCACCAGAGUUAUCGCCCAUUCUUACUCGGCUGUUUCGCCUGUCUCUCAAACUGGGAGUAGUUCCAAAAGCUUAG